GUUACUACACUGAGCCCCCCCUGAGCCCCCCCCCCUUCACGCUUGUCUGGGCCCGUCGUAGCACGUGGCUGUAUCGAAAGUGGCGUGCGGCGGUGUCAGGAAUCAGCGGAGUCGUUCAUCGUUCACCGGAGUGCAGAUUGGAGGGGCCCUGCCCGUCACGCCUCCCCAGGGCGACACUGACGACACCAUGAAAGCAGACGACGAGGGGCCCGCUGACAGCCGCUCAUUCCAGCUCUCAAGAGACAAGUUCAUUCUCUCCAGCGAAGGUGCGCACGGGUGCCUGUCUGCAAACACACGCAACAGACAGGGGAGCUUGGACACAUCUCUCUUCAUUUCUACAUAUGUGUGCCGUCAUGUCAGGCCCUCUGACGAGGUAUUAUGACCUCGAGAAGAAGAACAUCGGCCAGGGGACCUACGGGAGUGUCUGCAAGGCGGUCAACAAGAGCACCGGGGCGGUGCGCGCCAUCAAGACGAUAUCCAAGUCGCAGGUCAAGAACAUCGAGCGCUUCCGCACGGAGAUCGCCAUCAUGAAACAACUCGACCACCCCAACAUCGUCAAGCUCUACGAGACAUUCGAGGACGCCAAGAACAUCUACCUGGUGCUCGAGCUCUGCACCGGCGGCGAGCUCUUCGACAGGAUCAUAGAAGCCGGGUAUAUAUGGUUGCUGUCUCUCUUCGUCUCGUGUGUGUGGCGAUUGGGCUUUCUUGUGUUUGUGUGUAGGUUCUUCACUGAGAAGCAGGCAUCCACGAUAAUGCGGCAGAUUCUGGCGGCCUUGUUCUACCUCCACAGCCAGAAGAUCAUGCACAGAGACCUCAAGCCAGAGAAUUUCCUCUUCCUCAACAAGGCCGCCGACUCGCCCCUCAAGAUUAUAGGUAAACCCGAGAGAGACAGACAGACAGAGACGGCAUGAUUCGAUCCAUUCAGCGGCCCCACGCAACUCGUUCCUACUCUCUGUACAUGUGUCUGCUAUCAGAUUUCGGCUUGGCUGCCCGCAUCUGCAGUGACAAGGUGGCGACAACCAAGGCCGGCACGGUCGGUGAAUAACCAUCCCUUGCUGAGAGACGCAAAUGAUAUACCCUUGUCUGUCUCUUCAUCGGUCAGCCCUACUACGUGGCCCCCCAGGUGCUGCAGGGCAAGUACGAUCAGGCGUGCGACCUCUGGUGAGCGAGGGAGGGAGACACAAAGGAUAGGACGACAACUGUGUGUGUUCAGGUCAGCUGGUGUGAUCAUGUACAUCUUUCUGUGUGGCUAUCCCCCAUUCCACGGCGACACCGACGCUGAGAUACUCCAAAAGGCAGGAACGAAAGAACCCAGCGCGCCACCCUUGCAGCGCACACCUGUGAAUAUGUGCAGGUCAAGAGCGGCAAGUUUCAGUUCCAGGACACCGAUUGGAAACACGUCUCGGCCGAGGCCAAAGACCUCAUCAGAAAACUGCUCACAUUCAGCCCAAAAGGUCGGUGCGCCCACACCACACAGAUGUCCUUCGUCUCCGACCUCUCUGUCUGCCUUUCUGUUUGUCUGUGUUCUGUCAAUCAGACCGCCUCACGGCUGCGAACUCGAUGAGCCAUCCGUGGAUCAAAAACGUCGCUGCAUCUGCCCCACAGGCGGCUAUCAACAAGAACCUUGUCGAUAACUUCAGGGUGGGUAAAGUGAGUGGCUUGCCUGCCUGCCUGCCUAUGCUUUCACACAUUGCUGUCUGUGGUGUUGUGUGUGGGCGGAUAUCCUUCACUCGUUCCGGGCCCAUUCGAAGCUGAAGCGUGCGGCCCUGACUGUCAUUGCCCAGCAGCUCACCGACAACGAAAUCGACCAGCUCAAAAAGAUCUUCAUUGGUCUGGCAGCCGGGACACGGGAACACAGACAGCAUACAGCUGGCAGGUGUGCACGUCGGUGUCCCUCUGUGUGCCUUUGUCAGCUUUGGACAACAAUGGUGACGGCACCCUUACCACCCAGGAGGUCAAAGGUAGGUGUGAGAGUCGACGGUCCCCCCCGAGCCCCCCAGCCGCCGAUCGUCAUGUGUGUCUGAUGCCCCCCUGUCUGUCUGUGACGGUUGAUGCAGAGGGAUUGUCCAAGAGUGGGUUGAAGGAGCUGCCGCAAGACCUGGAGCAGAUCAUGAUGGAGGUCGACUCGGACGGAUCGGGAGUCAUCGACUACACAGGCACGCAAUGCACACCCUCCCGUGUACCCCCCCUCGUCCAUCCAUUCCGUCCACACGUGUAUGCCUUUACUUACAGAGUUUAUUGCCGCGACACUAGAGAAGAAGCACUACAUCAAGGUUCGUCAGCACACCGUGGCUGCACCAGUCUUUGAUCGUCCUCGGUCUUCCCUCUAUGUGUCUCUGUGUGUCUCUUUGUCCUCACUGCAGGAGGACGUUUGCUGGGCGGCUUUUCGUGUAUUGGACUUGGACGGCAACGGCAGAAUCACCGCGGAAGAGCUCAAGAAGGUCCCGUCCCCAUCACACCAGAAACCACACACACGCACAAAGGGAGACAGACGUGUGUGCUGCGUGCGUGGCUGGCGCAGGUGUUGGGUAUGGACCAGAUCAAGGGAGCCUUCGAGAAGAGGAACCUCGACGAGAUCAAGAAGAUCAUCGAGGAACACGACACCAACGGAGACGGCGAGAUCGACUUCCAGGAGUUUCUGCACAUGCUGAGGGUGCAGAAGUCGUAGGUAGCACAACAAACAUGGCCAGCCAGCCUGAUGGAUGGAUGGACUAUCUAUCGGCUGGCUGACAUUGACAUUGGAUGUAGCUUAGCUGGUGGGUGUAUGUUGAUACGCACUGAGUGAGUGCAGUGCCGUCCCUUCUCUUCGCGUCGCGUAGUCGCCCAGGGCAGCCGUCAGUCAUGUGUGUGUCUGUGGUUAAUUGACACACGUGACCUGCUGGCUGGCCUGGCCUGCCUCUGCUCUGCUAUUUCUCUCGCUGUAGAUGGCUGUCGGUAUCAAUUAAAAUUGGUGCUGCUCUCUGCUCUGCUUUCUUUGUGAGUAGAUGCAUGCCUGCCUGUACUUAUGCUCCCCUCUCACGAGUAUGAAAAGUUUGUCGUGAUGUGCGGAGGGAAGGGGCUGCAUGCCACUUUGCUUGGCCUUUGCUGGUGUGUAUGGGUGGGCAUGUGAGCCAUGCAGCCAGGGAGGGACGAAGGGAGCAAGGGAUGGACGGAUGGAUGGAGGGAGGGGGGAACGCGGUUGCUACGUGUGGGCUGCAUGAUGG